UUCAUAAUCCUCAUGGCUAAAACACCCACAUGGGAAUUCAUUUGUUUUGUUUCAAUUUAACCGAAUCUAACGACGUUUUUUCCCCAUCACCUGCUGAGUGAGAUAUUUGUGAGUAAGAUAUUUGUUUUACCUAAUUUUAAACUUUCUUUGGAGAAAAUAUCAGCCUUUAACCUCGUUGGGGUCCCCAAAUGAAGGUUGAGGGUUUAGCUGAAGGCAGGGCUGGGGGUAACCCCUGCCCUGGUCCUGCCAGCCAGUGCUGUAUCUCGCGACUGCUAAGCGUGGUGGAGAGCGAAUUGCAAGCGGGGCGCGAGAAGGGGGACCCCACGGAGAAGCAGCUGAAGGUGACGCUCGAGGAAGCGGAACUGUGGCGGAAGUUUAAGGAAGUCACCAAUGAGAUGAUAGUCACCAAGAGCGGCAGGAGGAUGUUUCCGGUGCUGAAAGUGAGUGUAUCGGGUCUGGACCCCAACGCCAUGUACUCCUUCCUGCUGGACUUCCAGCCAGCUGACAGCCACCGCUGGAAGUAUGUUAACGGGGAGUGGGUUACAGCCGGUAAACCGGAGCCUGCCGGUAAUGGUUGUGUGUACAUCCAUCCCGACUCACCCAACUUCGGAGCCCACUGGAUGAAGGCACCUGUCUCCUUCAGCAAGGUCAAACUCACCAACAAACUCAACGGAGGUGGACAGAUCAUGUUGAACUCUCUCCAUAAGUAUGAACCUCAGCUCCACAUUGUGAGAGUGGGCGGAAGCCACCGAAUGGUCACUAACGUCUCUUUCAGCGACACACAGUUCAUCGCUGUCACUGCCUACCAGAAUGAAGAGAUCACCGCUCUGAAGAUCAAAUACAACCCGUUCGCUAAGGCUUUCCUGGAUGCCAAAGAGAGGUAA